UCGAGAAAUGCUGCGAUCGAUUUCUAUUAGGGUUCUACACGAAAUCGAUCGUUGAUGAUGAGGAGUGUGAUCGCGUGUCUUCUUCUCUGCGCCACUCUUCUCGUGUCUGUGGAUCAUGGGAGAGCGGCAUCGCCCAAAAGCUUGAAGAAGCGGGCCACGAACGCCGCGAAGGAGAUCUACAACGCCGGCGGGUGGAAGCAGGCAUUCGCGACGUUCUAUGGCGAUGAAACAGCGAGGGAGACAAUGGGUGGAGCUUGCGGCUAUGGCAAUUUGUACCAAUCCGGCUAUGGAUUGAUGACGGCGGCGCUGAGCAGUACGCUCUUCAACAGCGGCUAUGGCUGCGGGCAGUGCUACGAGAUCACUUGCACGCUAUCGAAGCACUGCUACUUCGGAAAAUCCGUGGUGGUGACCGCCACAAAUCUUUGCCCGCCCAAUUGGAGCAAGCCCUCGAACAAUGGCGGCUGGUGCAAUCCGCCGCGCGUCCAUUUCGACAUGUCCAAGCCGGCAUUCAUGAAAAUCGCGUUUUGGCGGGCGGGAAUCAUCCCAGUCUCCUAUCGAAGGGUGCCAUGCGUGCGAUCCGGCGGCAUGAAUUUCAAGCUGGGCGGCAAUCGCUGGUGGCUCAUGGUGUUCAUCACAAAUGUGGGCGGCUCCGGUGAUAUCAAGGCGGUGUCGGUGAAGGGAUCGAGGACGGGAUGGAUCGCCAUGACGCGGAAUUGGGGCGUAGGGUUCCAAGUUUUCAAGCAGCUCCAGGGCCAAAGUCUCUCGUUCAUGGUCACUUGCUACAGUACCGGAAAGACUACUGUGCACAACAAUGUGGCGCCCGCGAAUUGGCAGCUCGGCAGCACCUAUUCCGCCAAGCAAUUGUGAGAAGUUUUGAAAGAAGGGGCAAUUUUUCAAGAACCCUAAGUUUUCAUUUUUCGCGAUUUUAGGGUUUUUGGAAAGACAAUGUGGAUUUGCCCCUGGGAGCCAUCCUCCCUCUA